AUGAGCACGUCAUCAAACUUGCAGUAUGAUGAAAUACCGAAGAAAUACAUAGACCCAUCGACUCCGAAGGAUAAAAGUGAAGGGUCAAGAGUAAAUGGCAAAGAUUGGAAAAUCAAAAAGGAUGCCUUCCGAGUCAAGACCUUGGGAGUGUCAAAGCCAAAGAGCAAAAACUCGUACAAGGAAAGAGAACAGAAAAAACUACAGGAACAGCAGUACAAGGCCAGGUUGAAGGAGUUGAAAGAGGAGAAGGAGUCCAUGAAGAAGGCCAAAAUCGACGAGUUGAAGCGCAGGCGAGAGAUCAAGGCGGAAAAGGAACGGUACGAGAAGAUGGCAGCAAAGAUGCAUGCGAAGAAAGUGGAGAGGAUGAAGAAGAGAGAAAAGAGGAACAAAAUGUUGAAGGAGCGUUGA